AAACUUGAGUUUAUGCUGCAGAUCGGAAGCUUUACUCAACCCCACCAUGAGAGCUGGCAUAAAUUUUUUUUCACUUUCCAACAAGUUCUUUUAGUGUAAUUACACAUUUUUUACACCACAAAUCAUUAGCAUGGCAAGUGUGAAAAUUGCAUUCUAUGUCUAUACAUGAUAAUGUAACUAUAGACUCCAGACUUUAAAAAGAAAGUGCCAUAUAUGUUAACAUUGUGAGAAACACAUUUCCUUUAUACAUACUCGUCAGAAAAGCUGCACGUGAUAUAAUUAAAAAGAUUACACAAAGUCCCCAUGUUAACAUAUACCUAAAUUAUGCCAAUAACAAAUUUUGUACAGGAUAUAAAAGGCUGUAUGUGAUAAAAUUAUCAGGCAGAUUUUAUAUGCAUCCCUUUGUGUAAUUACAUUACUUGAAAUUUGUAGAAAAUGUAUUGAGUAUAUUAAAAAAACUGUAAUAUUGAGUACAAAAAGCUGCAAUAUUAUCACAGCUAGGUUGCCAAACAACCAGGUUUUUAAUAUUAAAAUAAAAUUAAUUAAAAACUCAUGCCAGUUUACAUCUAUCAGACCUACCAAGCACCUCCCAUACCAUAUAUAAUAUUAAAAAAUAGAUAGAUUACUGCAAACAUUAGCUAUGUUCCACUCACACUGUUAGCAUAACCUGGAAAAAAUGAUCUGAUCUUGACAGCAUGGUAGGUACAUUAUAACUAAAGCUUACAGUAUUGUUUUAUUCUUAAUCAAAAUGCUGUGUUCUCUAUUUUCUAAUAUAAAGCAUCAUUCAAUCUGCUCAACCAUGAUAUAAAUCCUGUGCAUACUAGGCAUGUUAUUGGCAUGUAAUCUUAUAUUAUAUUAUAAUUGGCAGCAUCAAUGCACUUCAGCAUUUUGUCUCAUAUAAUUUAUACAACUUGUUAGGUAUUUUGACUGGAACGCCCGGGCCAUGUUUUGUGAUAUAAAUACACUGUAAUCUUUGAAUAUAUAAUUUCAACAUAUUUUUGGCAACCAGAGAGAGGAAAGGAGGAUGCUACAUGCACAAAAAGAAACAGAAUUUCUCCGACUUAAGAGGUCAAGACUUGGCGUUGAUGAUUUUGAUUCACUUAAGGUGAUUGGAAGAGGGGCAUUUGGUGAGGUUCGUCUGGUUCAAAAGAAAGACACUGGUCAUGUCUACGCAAUGAAGAUUCUAAGAAAAGCUGACAUGUUAGAAAAGGAACAGGUCGCUCAUGUGAGGGCUGAAAGAGAUGUGCUGGCAGAAGCAGAAAAUCCCUGGGUCGUUAAAAUGUAUUUCUCCUUCCAAGAUGCUCAAUUUUUGUAUUUAGUUAUGGAGUUUCUUCCCGGCGGAGAUUUAAUGACGAUGUUAAUGAAGAGAGAUACUUUCACUGAGGAAGAAGCCCGGAUGUAUAUUGCUGAAUCAGUGUUAGCCAUCGACUCAAUCCAUACACUUGGAUUCAUACACAGGGAUAUAAAACCCGAUAAUUUGUUGUUGGACAGCAGGGGUCAUAUUAAACUUGCUGAUUUUGGUUUGUGCACAGGCUUGAAAAAAGCUCAUCGAACCGAUUAUUAUAGAGAACUUCAACCGCAAGACAUGCACGAUUUUGUUAAUGAUCCAUUGGACUCGAAAAGAAAAGCCGCCACGUGGAAACGGAUGAGAAGAGCAUUGGCAUAUUCUACGGUGGGAACACCUGACUACAUUGCUCCUGAAGUAUUUCAACAAACUGGCUAUACUAAGACCUCUGAUUGGUGGAGUUUAGGAGUUAUACUUUAUGAAAUGUUGAUUGGUUAUCCUCCGUUUUGUUCAGAAACUCCUCAAGAAACGUACAAAAAAGUAAUGAAUUGGAAGGAGACUCUCGUCUUCCCGCCAGAAAUACCAAUUUCCCAAGAAUCCAGACAUUUAAUUCAAAGACUAUGUUGCGAAUGCGAUCACAGGAUUGGUACAAACGGAGUGGAGGAAAUCAAAGGGCAAGCGUUUUUACGAGGAGUUGAUUGGGAACACAUAAGAGAUCGACCAGCCCCGGUACCCAUCGAAGUAAAAAGUAUUGAUGACACAUCAAAUUUCGACGAGUUUCCUGAUUUAGAUAUGAAUUUUGAAACAUCCGACGAUCCGGCCAAAGUUGGAGCAACGAAUAGAAAAGACUGGGUUUUUCUAAAUUAUACGUUUAAACGAUUUGAAGGUCUCACGCAACGAGGUCGACCUCUUGGUCUUCCAAUGUAGAACAAGAGGAUGGAAAAUUUAUGUUUUGUAUAUCGGCGUUUUUCGACCGACCUGGGUGUAACUCAAAAGAAAACCUGUUUCAAAGUCGGAUAUUUAUAAUUGUAAAUUUGUAAUCCUACAGAAUAGAUAGCUGAAAACAUAGAUUAAUAAUAAACCAUCUGUGCUUUAAUAGUUCAAACGCUCCAUGUCAACAGUACUCCUUACGCACAAAUUAAGGGUCAAUUUUCUCCUGGGUUAUCGCAUACUAUUAAAUACAAGCGAGCACGUGUUAAAUAUGAAAAAUCCGUCAGAUUCAUCUGACUCAUUUUUCCAAAUCUGGUACAAGACAAUAAAUUUGGAUAUGAUAUAUAUUAAUAUUAAAACUUUGUAGUUGCGAAGUGGCUGCUGAUUGGUCGGAUAAUUAUGGAAAUCGCGAAAGCUAUUUUCCCCACCGAAUUUUUUUUCCAUUCAAAAUUCUUCGAAAAGGAUUAGGUAAAAUAAAAAAGCGUGGCUAUUCGCCACCAACUCUGGUGGUCUAGUGGUUAAGGUUACGACCUACGAUGCGGGUUACUGGUUUGAAUUCCUGCCAAGAUUUUGAUUUUUCCCACACCAUUAUUGACGGAACUGAUUUCGGAUACGAAGUUUUAUUGACUACACAUCCAGACGAUGAGAACUUAGUAAUUAAACAUUGAUUCUCAAACUUGGCAUGGCAGGAACUGUAUAAAUAGCUUGGCAAAUAGCUUAGAGAAGAUUUAAAAUUGUCGGAAAUUUGCGACCGCCAGAACUUUUAUGUUAAAAUUAAAUCCGCAAUUGUUUUAAAUAAUAAUAAUUUAGGCUGGAGUAUUAAUAAUAUUUAUAAGACUGAAUCACAACUCAAAUCACUAAUAA